UUGAUGCAAAAUUGUCAUUUUCUGAACACAUUUAUGCAUGUUGUAAUAAAGCAUUGAAAAUGUUGGGUUUUAUCAAAAGACACACAAGAGACUUUAAGAAUGUUUCUGCUCUAAAGUGCUUGUAUGUGUCAUUGGUUCGUUGCCAUCUUGAAAAUAAUAGCCGUGUGUGGUCACCACAUUAUAAAAUUUAUAUUGAAUUAGUUGAACGUGUACAGAGAAAAUUCUUGAGAUACAUAGGGUAUUGGAAACAUUGGAGCAUAGGCGUAAAAAAAUUGAUCAGUUAUUGAUUUUGUAGUUACUCAGAGGUUAUCUGAAUUGCCCUGAGUUGCUCUCGGCUGUAAACUUGAAUGUCCAGUGAGAAAUUUUAGAGCUGUGCGCUGUUUUUUGUUGGAGAGACAUCGUACCUCUUAUUACCAACAUACAACCAUUAAUCGCGCUAUAUCUUAUGCCAACAAGAUACAGCAUACAAAAGAACAAAGACAAAACUCGACAGUUCAGAUAAAAAUAAAUGACUCAAUGUUUACACAACCUGAACAAUAAAUAAAUAAGGAAAAGAAAGGUGUGUGAGCAACAAAUUUAUUUUGCACAAGCCCAAUAGGGAAAUCACAGGGCCAAGGUCACUGUUUGGCUUAAAUGAAACUAUUUAGGUAAUAAAAUAAGGAAAUAUUUUCAAGCACCUCAGUAUUACCAAACACACACACACACACCUACAAUAAAUAGAAAUAGAGGAAGGAAGAAAUUGUGGAAAAUCUGUGCAAAAUAACCUGUCAGCUGUCGACUGUGUGGGCGAAUCACGAUUAGCCGUCCUUGUCAUUCGCUUAUAAUUAGAUAAAGAGACAAAAUCAAGUCGAUCAGUAAGGCGCUCUUACUAGAACGAAAAUCGACUUUUUGUCGUAUCGAUAUUCAAUGUAAAAAUAAGUUAAGGAGUUGGGAGCAUUUUUAUGCCUUAAAAAUAGGAUUGCCAUGUACUCGAUACUCAGUUUUCCUUGUAUCGAUAUUUGUAGCUCCGCCCCUGGUUUGGUUUAGUUAUCCGCGGUGUUGCCACAUUUUGUAGAUUUUCUUCAGCAGUUUGCACUCACUUUUCGAUAAUAAAAAAUACAGCAGUUCUAAGGACUUGUUACAUAUAAGAGGCCUAUUCGGGUUUGGAAAAAGUACGGUCCUAGAACGGUCCAGAAGAAUCGCACAGUUUAUUAUUGAAAUUUGUGAUAGUCGAGUCGUUGUUAUUUUGUUGAUCGAUAAACUGGACGACUGUUUUGAACCGUUCUAGAACCGUCCUUUUUCCAAACCCGAAUAGGCCUAAUAUAUUACCAAAAUAAUCAGUUAUCAGAAUCCUAAAAAAGAAUUCAUUUAUUCAGUCCAGUGAAUAUUUUUGACUUUAGGCACUUUAGGCAAUCAUUAAUAAACACUCAAAGUUGGCAACGUCGCCGAAUAACAUCCUACGUGUUGCCGGUCCCUGGGUCGGGUGAUUUAUUUUUUAAUUUGACAUUGUUAUUUUGACAGCUGCCCACUUGGCACUUGCGAAAAAUUCGCACAAAUUUUUUAAAGGUUAUGUUAUUUUUUCGUCGGACAACAAAAAUCUAAAAUGGAUCAACAAGAUAAAAACGAAAACACCGAUUCGCAAAUGGAAAUUGAUCCGGAUUACGAGAGCACCAACUUGGCAAUUAGACGGGGCCGAGUAGAGGGUAUAGGUCAUUUGCCAACAGAAGAAAAACUUAAAUCCAUCAUCCGGGGAGAAUUCGACAAGGAACUACAAAUCAGACAAAAACAAUUAGAAGAAAUCGAAGAAAAAGUAUUCAAAGCCCAAAAACUCUUGCACGUAGUCCGUUACGUCCUAAUCUCUUCAUACUACAACAAAAAAGCCCUCGAAUAUGAAGCAGAAGGCUCUCUGAACAGUUCUGACAUACUGUCAAGCCAAAACCGGAUACAUCCCGCUGUUAAAAAACUAAUAGGCAAAAAUGCAAAUAAGCUAGAGUUCCUGACGUCUCGCACCAAAAGAAAAGUGACUGAGGGUCAAUCUAAACCCCCCGACAAGGGACAAUCGGAAGCUAAAAAAAUGAAACUAGAACCAAACGAGAACCGAACAAUACCGGCAACAAUAGUAAAACCUCAGCAACAAAAUUCAGAGGAACUGGCUACAAAUAGGAAUAGAAUACAACAUAGAUUGGUUGUAGGGAAUAUUUCUUAUUAUAAAAAAUCUUUAGAGCAAAACAAUUUGACGCACAAGUGGAUGGUUUAUGUUAAAAUAUUUAAAGGGUUGAAAGAUGGCAUUGAAGUUACGAAUCUUACAGUGGAUAAAGUUGUAUUUUUUCUACAUCCUUCGUAUAAACCACACGAUGUUGUUGAUAUUGGCCACCCCCCUUUUCAUUUGUCAAGAAGAGGUUGGGGUGAGUUUCGAUUGAGGGUAAAAAUCCAUUUUAAAUCGCCCAUGAAUAAACCCGUAGAUGUGAUUCAUCAACUGAAGCUGGACAAUACAUUUACUGAAAGACAAACUUUAGGAAACCAAACUGUAGUCCCUUUAUUCCUUCACGAGGAUUUAUUCCAAGUUAAACAAGACCCCGAUCCUGUAAUUUUAAACGACGAUAAUAUCCUAUUACCGGAAUCAUUAAGUGAUAAUAAUUUCGAUUUGCUUCAACUAGAUAAUAUGGACUUGAAUCCGUUUUUAAACGACAAAAUAAUAAGCAUAGAACCAAUAAAAAUUGAGCCGUCGACUAGUUUUGAACAUGACUAUUGUUUCGACGAUAUUACAAUAAAACAUGAAGAUUUAAAUAUUAUCGAUGAUUAUACAAUUGUUGAACAACAAAAUCCUGAAUUUGUCCUAAGGGAUCAUGCCUAUACUGUGCCAGCAAUCAAAGAAGGUCAAAAAAGCCACAAAAAACAAAAAACCCCUAUCAAACAAGGUUAUAAUGAAUUAAUGUAUGGUUUGGGAACUGGUUAUUUGGACCCAGGACGGUCCAGACCUAAAAAAAUUGUCAGAAAAGCUAGUGUUAUGAAAUCUCCAGAAAAACUAGCAAACAAUUCCAAAUCUUUAUAUAAAGUCUUGAAAACAGUCACAGGCCAGUCAAUAAGAGUCCUUCCAGAAAGUUUCAAUCAACUACUUUUAAAUAAUGGUAGCAUUGUAUCAGUGAAACUCUUAAAAUCACCUACAAAAGAUAAUGCAACAACAAAUUGUUCAAAAACUUCGAACAUCUUAAAGUUACCAAAUAAUAAUAAAUUUAAAAACAUGGGAGAAGUAUUGCCAUAUUUAUUUAAAAGGUUACCCAUAUGGAAUCCAGAGGCUGAUGAAGAUUACAAAUGCACCUAUCCGUUUACUGCUUCAUCAAAAAAUGAGUAUUUGUCGUGGAAUGUGGGAAAAAAAUUAGCUGCUGAAUGGUCCAGAGCCAAAGCAAUCAAAAGAAUCCUUGCAGGCGAGCCUUAUAGUAAAAACUGGACUACAAAGGCAAUUUUUAUGUAUGCAAGGUCCCAUUUGUACACACCUUUAGUGUCUAGUUAUAGACUAUUUCGUAAAGACUCAGUCGAAAGAAGUCUUAUACUAGAUUGUUAUAAGGGCACUCACAAUCAGAACAGUGGCCUCGCUUACCCUAUUCAUGAUGAAGCCAUCAAUAUUGUAUCUCCCGUAAAACCUGUGAUAGAUCCAAUCAAUUCUAAUUCAAUAGAAACAUGUAUAGAUAUAUCAGACAAAAAUUUGUCCGAAGAAUGUGCUUUUAUAAAAGAAGCCGCUUUAGAUGUGGGUAUAGUGCUUAAACCCGAAGUACUAGUUGAGGGUGUGUCAAUGAAUGCUUCAGAAAGGAUUUUAUUCGAGGCUGUGAAAUGUUUUGCUGAAAACCUUAUUCGGACCGCUAGGACUUAUUUGAUUUGUGAGAAGAAAUAUUCGAACGAAACCGCUGAAAUAACCACUAAACAAAUAAACAGGGUAAUGGGAGAAAGAAAAGAAUUUCAAUCUAUAAGAAAGUAUAGAGAAAAUAAAAUUGCAAGUGAUUUUUUCUCAUAGACCAAUCAAAAAACCUAUAUUAUUAUAAUAUGUAUAACCUUUAUUAUUACUUUAAACAUUAUUUAUUUGUGUUUAAUCUAAGUUGCCUUUCCUGUGUGCAAUUAUUUUGUUUUUAAAUUAUGGCACAUUUUGAUAAGGAUUAUUUUUUAAUUAGGAUUUGUUGUGAGGCUGAGAAAAAAUUAAUAAUGAUUAAAAUCGGUUCAGUGUUUUUAUUUUUCCUAGCUGUUUGUUAGGCUAUAAGUUGACUAAGAAAUUUUUACCAACAAAUAAAAAACCAAGAUCAGCGAUUUCUAACUAUAGUUAAAUAAAGCUGUUGUAAGUUUAUUUAGCAAUCAAUGAACCAUAUUUCAUUGCUCUUCAUAUGACUGCAUGCGUCCUCGAAUAUUUCAACCAUCAUCAAGUACAAAGUAGCUAGAGUAAAGAUGGAAUCGAA